AUGGCGGCGGAAUCCUCUACUAAUGUGCCGCCUACGUCGACAUUUACUGAAGAGGAUGAGAAGGAGAUUUUCAGUCAUCCCUUCUUUGCUCGCUCUGCGGAAGACAUGGAGGGCAAUCCAGCUUAUGAGGCUCUUCGUGCUCUCAAGUACGAAAGUGACGACCCCAAUGCCAAUGCAGAAAGCUUUAGGGAGGAGGGAAAUUACUAUGUGAAGCAGAAAAACUACGAAAAAGCCAUCACUGCCUACACCGGGGGUAUUCUUGCUAAGCCCACCGAUAAGAAAAUACUUGCUGUACUCUACACCAAUCGAGGAAUCGCACAAGCGAUGAUAAAAAAUCAUGGUUCUUGUGUGAAGGACUGUAAUUGGGCGAUUAAACAGGAUCCCACUCAUCUCAAAGCCUAUUUGCAGGCAGCAAAAUCGUUGAUGGUUUUAUCAAAACCUGCGGAGGCUGUGAAGGUGUGUGAGGCCGGCCUGAAAGUAGUGGCCAACAACAAGACGCUAUUGGAACUGAAGGCAAAAGCGACAGAUUUGCAGGCGGCAAUGACAAUAAAGGAUGAGGACAAACAGAGUGCAGUGAAGGAGAGUCACUGCAAACUGUCAGGCGCAUUUAAACAGCUCGCGGCACGUGGAAUCGUUAUUGAUUUCGAGCAACCACCGGUGGGUCUGCCCGAUCACGCAGCCGUUGAGAUUUCCUUCGAUCACAUGAACCUCAUCCAUUGGCCGGUUCUUUUUAUGUACCCUGAGUUCAGUCAGACCGAUUUUGUGCAGGAUGUAGCUGAGUAUCUUACCAUCCGCGAAUGCCUCAAGCACGUCCUCAAUCCAUCUGAACCUCCACCAUGGGAUAGGGAGAGGGCUUACACGACAUCUGAGAAGGAACUCGAGGUUUACUUCGAGGAUACAAAAUUCGCCAAGCAAAUGGUUAAAGUGCCAAUUUCUCGCACCAUAACUGAACUAACUCGAUGUCCUGGGUUUUACGUGAGGCGAGAUCUCGUAAUUGUCCUCUUUGUGGUAUCCAAGCUAUCCGAAAAUUUCUACAAAAUGUGGAUUGAGAAUUUGAGAGGCUGA